GCCCGCCCGCCCCGCCCGUGCGCCCGCCGCCCCCGGCCCCCGGCCCCCCCUCGGCCGGGCAGCCCCCCAAUCCCGCGCCGCCGGGACCCCCUCCUCCUCCCUCUUCCCUCCGCCCCCUCCCCGCGGGACUCCAGCGUCCCCGCCCCCCAGUCCUCCUCCCCUCCCCUGCAGCAUGGUGCUCGCGGCCCCGCUGCUGCUGGGCUUCCUGCUCCUCGCCCUGGAGCUGCGGCCCCGGGGGGAGGCGGCCGAGGGCCCCGCGGCGGCGGCGGCGGCGGCGGCGGCGGCGGCCGGGGUCGGGGGGGAGCGCUCCAGCCGGCCGGCCGCGUCCGCGGCGCCGGAGCCGGACGGCUGCCCCGUGUGCGUGUGGCGGCAGCACAGCCGCGAGCUGCGCCUGGAGAGCAUCAAGUCGCAGAUCCUGAGCAAACUGCGGCUCAAGGAGGCGCCCAACAUCAGCCGGGAGGUGGUGAAGCAGCUGCUGCCUAAGGCGCCGCCGCUGCAGCAGAUCCUGGAUCUGCACGACUUCCAGGGCGACGCGCUGCAGCCCGAGGACUUCUUGGAGGACGACGAGUACCACGCCACCACCGAAACGGUCAUAAGCAUGGCCCAGGAGACGGACCCUGCAGUGCAGACAGAUGGCAGCCCUCUCUGUUGCCAUUUCCACUUCAGCCCCAAGGUGAUGUUCACAAAGGUACUGAAGGCCCAGCUGUGGGUGUACCUUCGGCCUGUGCCCCGCCCAGCCACAGUCUACCUGCAGAUCUUGCGACUGAAACCCCUAACUGGGGAAGGGACCGCAGGGGGAGGGGGUGGAGGCCGGCGCCACAUUCGUAUCCGUUCACUAAAGAUUGAGCUACACUCACGGUCCGGCCACUGGCAGAGCAUCGACUUCAAGCAAGUGCUGCACAGCUGGUUUCGCCAGCCACAGAGCAACUGGGGCAUCGAGAUCAACGCCUUUGAUCCCAGUGGCACAGACCUGGCUGUCACCUCCCUGGGGCCAGGAGCUGAGGGGCUGCAUCCUUUCAUGGAGCUUCGAGUCCUAGAGAACACAAAAAGGUCCCGGCGGAACCUAGGCCUAGACUGCGAUGAGCACUCAAGUGAGUCCCGCUGCUGCCGAUACCCUCUCACAGUGGACUUUGAGGCUUUUGGCUGGGACUGGAUCAUCGCGCCUAAGCGCUACAAGGCCAACUACUGCUCCGGCCAGUGCGAGUACAUGUUCAUGCAAAAGUAUCCACACACCCACUUGGUGCAACAGGCCAAUCCAAGAGGCUCUGCUGGGCCCUGCUGCACCCCUACCAAGAUGUCCCCAAUCAACAUGCUCUACUUCAAUGACAAGCAGCAGAUUAUCUACGGCAAGAUCCCUGGCAUGGUGGUGGAUCGAUGUGGCUGCUCCUAAGGUGUGGGCUACAGUGGAUGCCUCCCUCAUAGACCCUACCCUAAGAACCCCAGCCCUGGUCCCCAUUCCCCAAGCCCUAGAAGCACCCCCCACCUCUUUCCAUGAACAUCACACCUUGUUCCCUGACCAAGCAGUGUGCAAUACAACAGAGGGAGGCAAGUGGGGAUGGAGUGGUGAGGGGUUGGGAGAAAGGAAGGGCAGUCAGGGUGGAAUGUAUCUGAGAUUUGCAAGUGAGAAGGUUCGGCAAGAAGACAGAUGUAGAGACAGAGGAAGAAGAUGGAAGGAUAGAGACAGAGGAACAAACAGCAACACUGAGAAGGCAAAGGAAUAGAGGCACAAGGAUUAGGGACUAGGCAAAGGCACCUAAGGAGAGAGACCGAAAUGGGAGUAAAAUGAAAGCCCUGCCCCAAGCCUUUGCUUUUCCACCAGCAAGGUGAGAGGCUUGGAAUAGUUUGCGGAGUUCCCCUGACAACUCAGUAGGGGUAAAUCAAAAGUCCAUUCUUAGCUUCUUCCCUUUCUCCUUCCAGAGUAGCCAAAAGUGGCAUGAGGAUGGGGCAAAGUAAGGACCUGGGUUUUUUUUUUUUAAUUUAUUUAUUUAUUGUGACUUUUCAUUUUUUGGUAUUUGGCUUUACUGGAAUGGGAGGGACCCUGCCCGCUGUGCCCACUGGUCCCUUAUUCCCCAUACCCCGCUUUUCCCCCAAUACCAACCUACUUAAGCACUUGUAUUAAGCCUCCAGGGUUGGGAAUGGGAGUAAAGGGCAAGAGGGGUGACACAUGGCAGUUUCUAACUCACAAUCACCCUAACCAACCUUCUUGAGCCAAACGGGUUGAACUAAGUGAUCACGGAAACAGAAAGAAGUUCAGACUUAAGAGCUGGGGGUGAGGGGACCUCAACAUCCAGGAUAUAUGAGCUACUAAACUACCCCUCAGGCCUACCUUAUUCAUGGCAUUAUUUAGCCAAAGGGUACAGCCUGCUUAUCCCAAAUCCCCUCGGCCAAGAGACCAAAGAGCCUGUGGAAUGCCCCACUCUCAGCCUCUAUCUUCAGGUCAAUAAAAAGUAGAAAUCCCAGAGUUCCCAGGACUGGGAAGGGUUAAGGGUCAAGAAAAUAGUAGAGGCUGAAGGUUACAGGGCAUCUGAAUCCAAAUCACUGCUCUAGGCUAGGGAAUACAGCCAGCAGACCAAGGUGGAAGGGAUUCUGAAGGGGGGCAUUUUAGUCCCCCUAACCCAAAGCUCAGGUGGAAGGAAGAACAAGGGAGCAGAGUGUCUAUAAUUCUUAUCUUUUAUUUUUUGAAUAUAGCAGUAUCUGGCAGCAGGGAGAAGACAGUACUAUAGGGAAAGACAUGUGACAGGGCCAGUUACAGCAGAGGAUGGGAGAGGAUGGAGACUCUGGUUUGGAAGGCUUAGGAAGCAGGCAAGAGACUAGUUGCCACUUCAAGUCACUAACUGGGCCCAUUCGUUCCUCCCAUAACCCUGACCCACCCUCCUCUGAACUCACUGUGCCUCAGUUUCUUCCCCUUGAUGGAUUGAGAAACAGCAGCACCCGCCACAGCCAAGAGAUGAAUUCUGAGCACUUACCACGGGCACUUUAUGGACAUAAAAUACCUCUCGCUGUGGGACUAGAUAACCAGGGCACCACAACGGUGGUGAAGAGAUGUGAGGCUAACAGGAGUCACAGGCUUCAGAGUACAAGUACCCCUCUGCCUCUCAGCUGGACAAUGCCUGAAGCCAAGGAGCUGAAAAUCUCCACACCCUAACCAUACCUCAAGAGUGGCCUCUUGGCUCUAGACAAGAGUCUUAAAGAGGAUGGGGGGGAGGGGGAGGAAAAAGGGGAGAUUACAGCAAAAUGAUCACUAAUACAGCUAUAGUUCUGGUAGAAACAGUACUGGACUGACGCCUGGCCGGGAAGGUUUGUAUGUCUAAGCAUGCUUCUCUCACUUUGGCCAGAUCAUAGAAAGGACAAAGUUAUGUGACUAUCCUCACCACCUAACUCCUAUUCUCAUACUGAGAAAAAGAGGUAAGGUGUCUCCAGGAGGACGGACAGGGGUCUUAAGCCUUCCAACUCACUCCCCAUGUAGCAGCUGUUAGUCCCAAGCCUCUCCUCUCUGGCAGUUCACCCUUUUUCCCCCACCCCAUCUUAAAGAACAAGACACAUUUGACCAUCAACACCAAUCAUAUUUCCUUGGUGCAGGAGUGGAAUAGAAAAGCAGAGAGGAUGCUUUCCUCCAAGGUCAAAUGCUUCUUGAUCUUGGAAAAGGUAAGGGUUGGACAAUUAGAUACCAGGUAAACUUCUCUAUAGUUUAGAGAGCUGGGGCAUUAACUUCAAUUAUUGCCUCUUUAUUACCACCAAGUAAAUACCUUUCCAGGGGAAAGACGCUGUCUUACAAAUACAAACCUGAGUCAAGCCUCAGUUUUCUGGUCUUUUCUAUCUCCUAAGAGGCUUGAGGACAUGGCCUAGCACUCAGUGGGAGCUGGCACCUCUUCCCACACCUUACCUGUGUGGACUGGCCAGUGGUCCUCUGAACAUAUCAUUAUUAGUGUAAUUCUUUACUUUGUGUAUUUGUUACAUCAUGUGUGUGAUUGCCUUUGUUUGUUAAGGGUGUUUGAGGAGUAUGGGCUGCCAGGGGCAUUGGAAUGCCAGGAAAGGACUUCUUCAAUGAAAUCGAGGUUUCCAGAAAGAAACCACUGCAAAAAGGCCAUCAGUCAGUUUUCAAGUUAUGUGACAGAGGGCAAAGAUGGCCAAAGGGUGCUCUGAGUUUUGGGACAGUCACAUGACACAAUCCAGCACUUGAACCUGAAAAAAGAAAAAUAAAAGCAGUCAAAGAGUUUAGAAUUCAGUGAUGAGCUCUUCUCCCUGAUUGAGUGUCACACUUAUACCCAGGAGACCAAGAACUGAAGAGGCUGUUAAGAGAAGAACCUUAAAGAGUAAAAGGACCGAGAAGAUGGAAGAACAAAGGAGGGAACACUGAGGGCAUGGGAGCUGAUGUCUGGGAGGGACGUGGAGCUGUAACACUGACAGGGGCUGGGACAGCAAGAGGGCUUAGAAUUCUUCACAGAGCUGGGUAUUCCCAAAGACUACGAAAACAUGUAGCUCUACAAAAUGAAAAACCUAGAAAUUGAAAUGAUCCAGCAAGUCUUUUAUUUUACAGUACUCUAAUCCUGGCUGCCUCAACAGUAUUACCAAAAUCAAACUGGCAGCUCCCUAUUGUGGUUAAGUAUUCCAGACUUUUAGCCCACUAUAAAAAUAAAAACAAAAAACCGCCCCCACAUGGCCACAGCACAGUUCCCAAGGCAUUAAGAGUCAGGGUGUCAGAAUCUUGCUUCAGUCACAGGAUUCAAUGUCCCAUUAGUUCCAUCGAAGCUUUCUUGCUAAUGAGAGGAAAGGGGGCCUGGACCUCUUCUCAGUCUUAUCCCCCACCCCCACCAAAAAAAAAAAAGUCCAACUGCAUAAACAGGUGCAUUUGUAUUAUCAAAGGCCCAGAUUAGUCCACCCCACCACCACAUGCCCAUCCCCUGGAACCGACUUGUGGGAGUGCAGGGUAGGGGGUGUGUUCCCACUUAGAUCUCAGUGUUAGUUUGGCAGACUUGAGAGUUAAUACUCCCGCAAAGACUACUAUGCAAACUACAUUAGGAAUGUGUGCUCGGUGCAUGUAUCGUUCAGUUCUCAAGCAACCCUCACAAUAGGCUUCUAUUGAUAGAAGUUUGGAAGGUGUCGCAGAGCAACUAAGUAAUUUGCCCAGUCAGGAUUCAGAAGUAGUGAGGUAGAACAAGAAGCCAAACCUGGGUAGUUAACAUAUUAUGUUUUAAUCUAAUUUAAUCUGUUAAGGAAAACUAAAUUCAGGAAUAACACAAAGUGAUAAAGUUGAGAAACAACUUGGAUUCAAAGGGCUGGUAGGGUAUGAAACCUUUUCCAAUGUCUUUGAAGGGAAAAACAAAAUAGAGGUUAGAGAUGGGGAUAGAGGGUGAUAGAGUAGCAUAAAUGAAGUUCCUGCCCAGCACUACAUAAAACCAGGAUUGUGGGCAUGGGUUAGUAAUCCCAGCACUAGGGAGGCAUAAACAGGAAGAUCCAGAAAUUUAAGGUCACCCUCAGCUAGAGUUCAAUUUGAGUCUGGCUACAAGAAACCUCAAAAAGAGAAAUAAAUUAAAAAAAAAAAAAAAAA